AUGGCAGAACAAUCGCCAAAACCGCACCUCCCCACCGUCGCUAUCCUGGGAGCCACAGGCCACCUAGGCCAACACAUCACCUCCGCGCUCCUCUCCCCCUCCACCCGUCCCCUCUUCUCGCAAGUAGUCCUACUCUCACGGCACCAGCCCUCCUCCCCGCAACUCUCCCAAUGGCAAGAUCCCGCCUCCGCAACUCUCCGCACCUACACCGAGACCAACCUCGCCGCCUGUCUCGCGGGUGUCGACGUUCUCAUCAACGCCAUCGGCCCCUCCGGCCACGACUUCAAAGACGGCCUCUUACGCGCCCUGCCCGACUCGCCCGUGAAGCUGUACCUCCCCUCCGAGUUCGGCGUCGACCACUACGUGCACGACUUCCCGCACCCGGAGUGGGAUCACAAGAGGGCACAUUUUGCGCUCGCGCGGCGCCUCGUCCCGGAUGUGAAGAUCUGCAGGGUCUUCAUCGGCUUGUUUCUUGAGGAUAGUGUUGGCCCGUGGUUCGGGUUCGAUACGAGGCGAGGCUGGUACGAGAGUGUUGGGCCGAAGGGGACGCCGGUGUCGUUCACGGCGCUGGGGGAUGUGGGGCGUGCGGUUGCGAGGCUGGCGGGACUGAAGCCUAAGGAUGUUCCCGAGGAGGUGCAUAUCGCCGGGGAUACGGUGUCGAUGGCUGGGAUUGCGGAGGUAAUGGGCGAGGCGGGGGCAGGGAAAAUUGUGGUCACGGAGGUGGAUUUGGGGGCGUUUAAGAAAAAGACGGUUGAGGAGGGGGGGACGGAGGAUCCGUCGCAGUACCUGAGGUUCCUGAUGGGGGAGGGGAAGAUUGAUCAUAGUGAUGGUGGCAUUGGUAAUGAUAAUGAGCUGGUUAAUCCGGGGGAGAAGUAUUGGAGGUGGAGAACGGUGAGUGAUUUAGCAAGGGAAACGGGUGGGAGGCCGUGGGAGGAUGCUGAGUGGCCGCCUAAGUAG